UCCACUCCGUUCGCACCGGACGUCAUCCAGUAGUCGAGAAAGAAGCCGUUACUUGAAAAUGUCUCGAGACAAAUGACAUCCACUUUGAGCCCAAAGGCACUGUAUCGCCCGAAAACGUGUUGAAAUCCCUCACUUGGCCUCCUUUAUUCCAUUGUGGCUUUUUUCUCCUUUUCCGACCGCAAAGCUCUUUUUCCGGCUCUUAUGUAAAACAUCUUUAACGCUGCCCAAUGUGGAACAGAGGUGAUCCGGACGAUGGAUACGAUUCUCACAAAACAGGUUCAAGUAGCGGUGGCUCUUCUCGGCGGGUCGCUAGCAAUGAAUCAACCUGGCACAGCAAGCAGUCUGGACCUGGGAACAGCAUCUUUGGACGUAGACUCAGUGCUGUGUCAGACAGCGGUGACACCGGCAUUGGCACCUACUGCUCUGAUAGCGUGGAAGAUGACUCCUGUUCAAGCACCACACCAUCUCUCCAGCCACGGUCUCGACGUCACUCUAGUCAGGAGGAUGGGCUUGGCGGCAGUGUCCCUAUUGUCCAUGUCAAUAAAACUCCUUCCACAUCAUCAUACAGCAGUCUGAAAAUGAUAGCCUCACCCAGCAGCACUGAUCAUCGGAGCAAGUCUUGCCUGCUGACCCUUCCAGCCACAUCUCCCCUUAGUGCACCAACUAGUGUUGACAUGAAGGACCAGCAGCCCAUCAGGAGGUGCUCAUCUCUCACCAAGUUGUCAUCUGGUGUUGAAAAGAACUCCCGAAAGACAUCAGUCCACCAACACAGAACAGAUUCACAUGGCUCCCUGGACAGGGGUCUGCGCUAUGGCUACAAAAAAGAACCCCGUGGUUUAAAUAGGGACCUUUAUUUACCUGUCUCUCCCUCCCUGCUCUGUCAUAGCUUAUUACAGCGUUCUCCUGGAGGUGGUUCCUCCUAUUGGAGCAAAUAUAGCAGUAGAUCUGGUUUGGAAACAGACCUAUCCCUGUCCUCAACUCUAUCUUCACCCAUUAAACACAGCAGUUUGGACAUGAACUAUAGUAGUUUAGCAGAGGCUAAACUGGCUCUGGGAGGUGAUCAGGUUCAUGGCCUCAGUUUAUCUAAGCUAGCAGACUCACCACUCGCACACCCGGUUGACAGAGACUCUCCAAUUCAGCCAGCCAUCCGCACACAAAUGUGGCUGACAGAGCAGAUGGAAUACAGCUCUAAAGCAGACCACGGAGCAGAACCUGGGCAGAUAGUUGGUACUGAAAUAAAGGUCUGUGGUGGAGAUGGACCAUCAUUUGAACAAGGCAUCAACCAGAUGUUGCAGGGGACGUCCCAUUAUGUCAACACCCUGGUGAAGGUUAAAGAGGGGAUGCUGAGACAAAGAGAGCUGGAAAUUGAUAGACAGAAGCAACAAAUGCUGCAGCUCCAUGCCCGCAUUAGAGAAAAUGAGCUGAGAGCCCAGCAGGUGCUCCACAGUCAGAGGUGGUUUGAAGAUCCUCAAAUCCUGAAGAUGAAGGAUUCAGUGAAGGAAGUUCCAUCUGAUCGACUGUGUUGCGAUGAAGAACUCAGCAGGAAGCUGGCAGUGUCCGAGUUGGAAGUACUUCACCUCAACGAGCUGUACAAGCAAGCUGCUCAGAAAUAUACUGAAGAUCUGAGGAAACUGGAGGAAAAGAUAAAGACAAGGGAUCGCUAUAUCAGCAGUCUGAAAAAGAAAUGCCAGCGGGAGAGCGAACAGAACCAUGAAAAACAGCAACGCAUCGAAACUCUGGAGAAGUACCUUGCUGACCUUCCAACACUGGGUGAGGUGCAAGUCCAGGCCCUACAGCUGGAAGAGGUGCAGCUGAGAGCUCAGGAGCUGGACAAAACAGUGUCUCACUUACAGAAAAACCUGGACGACGGCUGUGCUUUGUUGAAGGAGAAAGAUGUCAAGAUUGAGACACAAGAGAGGAGGGAGAAGGAGCUGAUUGCAUCCGUGCACAGGUUGCAGCAGAAGGUGCAGAGGUGUUUGCAGGAUGGCGUGAGGUUGGACCUGAAGCAUCUUGAGGUGGAAAACUCUCACCUCCUGGAGAAACAAGACCACAGCAGUAAGCUAAUUGAACAUCAGAAAGUACAGAUUGAGAGACUCGGCUCACAACUGAAGCGGGCACAGGUGGAUAACUGGCUGCAGGACCAUAGCCUGUCGAGUGUGGAGAUGCCACAAGUGGGCCGACUCUUUCGGGAGCUGUCCCCGUGCCUGUUGGACCUGCAGGCUCUCCGCGGCAUCCUGGCCCAGAGAGCUCAAGGGGAGGAGCUCAACUUGUCUCUGCUGCUGGGUAUGACACCGUUGAAUGUGUCUGCGGAGGAGAGCGAGGUCAGGGACGCGCUGGAAGAAGUUGGACCGCUGAAACCGCUUGAGGUCAGCCAGCUGAGGAAGGGCAUCGAUGAACUGAAGAAAAACAUCGCCGAGUGCUACACCCACUACAUGGUUGACAGCUGAGUCUACCCUCUUCCCCCCCCCCCCCCCCCCCCCCAAUAGAACGCUUACUCGUUAAAAUCCAGAUAAUUCAAUUAAUGCUAUGGCUUGCUUUUAAGAGUUUUUUUUUUUCAUUUCAGUGCACCCCAUAGUGUGCAGUUAUCGGACUGUUUUAAAGAAACAGUACACAUUAGAUUGUUUUUCUUUUAAUGCACUUGCUCAAGAAUUAUGGCAACUUGAGGAAAUUAUGGGAUGGAAGUAUUAUCACAACUGGCCAUUAUGCCUCUUUUUGUGUUGUCCCAUUUCAAUUGAGCAGUUUAUUAUUUUAUAGUCCAAAAAAUGUAUGUGGCGAUUUAAUAUUUUUUGGGAUAGUUUUAUAUACAUAUGUAAUUAUAUUAACUUGAAAGUACCACGUAUAUUCAACAAUAUCGAUGGCUCACCAUUAAGCUAAUGCCCAUGCAUAAUCUUUCCAUAUUUCCUUCCGUCCAGAAAUUAGUUGAACUCAAAUGUUUUAUGAAGCCUCGUGAACAGUUAAAUGAAUCAAACAUCAGAAGAUUUCAAUGUUUCAGCAGCUUAUCAAACCUCAAAACAGCUAUUUGCGCAUGUAUUGAUGAUCCAUGUCAAUUUUAUUUUUUUGGGGGGAUCCUGCCAAAGGAAACAACAAGGAAGUGUAGCUGCACUUGGUGUUAUUCCUUGAACAAAAGCCAGUUUCAUUAUGAUGAAAUGUGUUUAGUAAGAUAAGUUUAUAACAUUCCAUAUGAUCAUAUUCAAUGCAUGUUUUUUUAAUCAUGCAGGAAUCAUACUGGAACUGAAACUAAAAAUGGCAACUGUGUGUUUAUAUAGCCAUUGAGAUUGUGCAUUUCUAUUUUUUCACAAUUUAAAACAGUUUCUGGGGGUCUUAAAGGUCAUUUUUAUCAAAACUUGGCAAUAUUGUCACGAUAUUUGGCGACUUUUUCCCCGAGACCCUUCUAGUAACUUAUUUUAAGAGGAUGGCAACAACGUUUUGCAGCGUUAUUAGGAGCUAUGCACCAGUCAUGCCCGAUCCACUUCAUCUGGCUCCUCUCAAUGCGGAGGAGCAGCGGUUCUACUCUUCUCACCCGAUCUCUUAAGGGGAGAUGCAGAUGAAACUCAUUUCGGCCAUCUUGUUCUCUGGGUCACGACCCGCAGCUCGUGACCAUAGGGACGUAGAUCGACCGGUAAAUUGAGGGCUUCGCCACAACGGACCGAUCCGCCUCUCGAUCACAAAUGACUUGUGCUUGUGCAAAGAAAAGAUUUACUUGGUUGUUUCACACUCCAACUAUAUGUAUAUACGUGCAAUUUAAAAAAAAAAAAAAAGGUAGUAAUAACAUACCCCUUUGAAAUACUGUUUCCAAAAUGACAAUUUCAUUUUAUUCCUCUUAAUGACAAAUAAAGCUAUUUUUCCAAA